AUGGUAGAAAUUGUUUGUGUCAGUGUAGGAUCAUUUCCUGUUUCUACUGGUGGACAGACGGUGUUUCUUGAAAGGCUAGUUCCUGUUGUAGCGGAUAGAUAGAUAGAUAGAUAGAUAGAUAGAUAGAUAGAUAGAUAGAUAGAUAGAUAGAUAGAUAGAUAGAUAGAUAGAUAGAUAGAUAGAUAGAUAGAUAGAUAGUUUAUUAAUAACCGAAUUGCAACUAAAAGUUGAAUUAUACGAUUAUUUACAAUAAAUUGAAUAAUGAUAAUUACAUUAAAAAGACUACAAGCGAUUUAAAACAGCAAAUAAGGACACUAUAUAUAUGUUCUAAAAAAAUAUAUAGAAGAGGUUUAAAAAUCUACUAAAACCCUUCAAGCCUUAAGAAAAACUACUACGAAACCUGUUCGUCUUAAAAGCUGGCUUAAACUUCCUCAUAUUUCUUAGGUUAAAGGUACAUGUGUUGCGAGCAAGAAGAAGUUCAUGGAGCUUGUUCUGUUCGUUCUGUAAAACAUUCUUAAAUAGUUUAUCAACUAGUUCCUGGCGGAACUGAUUCAACCAAGGCCUCAUUAUAUGAGCAAAGAGGAAAAAUGAUGCACAUAGCCCGCUUUUCUACUCCUUCAAGACGGUAUUUAUCCGAUUUGCCUUCUCGUCUUCACGUACAGCGAGAGUAUUAUCUUCCCGUCUUAUUGGGCCAAUCUGGGGUCUCCUCUUUGGAUUCGUUGCUUCGGAGAGUACUUUCCAGUACGCAGCAGUGAAAUUCCCAGAAUCGAUCUUUUAG